AUGGACAAAAAGAUUGGUGAUUUAAUUAAAGCAAAUAAUUCGAAUUUAGUGGAGUUUGUUGAAAUUAAAAAUAAAUGGAGUGAAAUUAUCGGUAAAUGUUGUCGCAAUAAUUGUAUAAACACAGAUAAUCCCAUUGGUAAUUGUAUUAAAGGAAAUGGAUUUGUUAAUUUAAUUGAUGAUGAAAAUAUUAGUAAAUAUGUUGUGGGGAAUGGAGCAAAAUUGAAUAUAUACAUAUAUUAUGCUGCACAUAAUGCUAGAAUUUGCUAUGAAGAAAAAGAUAAAGAAUUUAAACUUUCAACUUCUUUCAAUAAUAACGAUAUUUAUGGUUGUGGAUUAGUUUAUCCUCCAACUAAUAAAUUAAAUGGAUUUCCUUAUAUUUUCUUUACACAAAAUGGGGAACAAAUUGGUAAAGCAAUAUUAUUAGACAAUUUUGACUCAUAUCAACCAAUUGUUAAUUUGGAGUGUUGUUCAAUCGAAACUAACUUUGGAAAUGAUUUAAAGACUAAACCAUUUAAAUACGAUAUUUCGAAACAUUUAGUUUUUAAAGAAUUUUAUUGA